AUGAGAAUACCAAAGACUGUCUUGAACCUUCAUCCCCCAUGCUCUAGACCGCGGUUGUUAAAGGCACGCCCUGUGUCGUGCUCGUUUCGAAGGGCGUUCCAUGCAUCGACAGGCAGACUAUUGAUUGAUUACGACCCCUACCUGACUCUAGGCGUGGACAAGUCGGCCGAUCCCAAGCAGAUCAAAAAGGCCUAUUACGACCUCGUCAAGAAGUACCACCCGGAUGUCAACAAGGAGAAGGACGCGGAAAGGAGAUUCCACAAGAUUCAGCAGAGUUACGAGAUCUUGCGAGAUAAGGAAAAGAAAGCGCAGUAUGACCAGUUUGGGAAAAGUGCAUUUGAUGAGAAUGGCAAUCCAAGUCCCUUUGGUGCUGGUGGUGGUGCACAGGGACAGAAUCCGUUCGCAGGAGGAGGCAAUCCGUUUGCAGGGUUUGGCGGUGCAAGCUCAGGGGGAAGACCCUUUGGCAAUAUGGGGUUUGAUUUUGAAGACUUGUUUCGGGAAGCAUUUGCUGGUGGGAGGGGGGCUUCGGGGAGAGGCGGAGGCCAAGGAGGUGCGCGCUUUGUUACGGAGCAUGUUGGGGACAAUGUCGAGGUUAUGAAGUCUAUACCGUUCAAGGAGAGUAUAUUUGGCGGAUCGGUGACUAUCAACUACAAGGUUCUCGACUCGUGCACCACCUGCCACGGAAGCGGCUUGAAAGAAGGAGCCAAGAAGCAAACUUGUCCCACCUGCCACGGAACCGGACAGACGGCACACGUCAUGGGUGGGUUCCACAUGGCGUCCACUUGCCCCACGUGUCACGGCUCUGGCGUGACUAUACCCAGAUCCGACGAGUGCGGUACCUGUCAUGGCAAUGGCGUGCAGGAGAUCCCCAAGUCAACGACUGUCAAGAUACCUCCAGGGAUCAGCAACGGCGCCCGGAUUCGGAUCCCCGGUGGCGGCGAUGCGCCAUACGUGACCAAAGACGAGUACAACCAAACGCGCAAUGGAGACUUGAUAGUGAGGGUCAAUGUGGAGAAGGACGCCAUAUUCACCCGUGAUAAGAACAACUUGGUCAUGGACAAGGAGAUUUUGAUGACCACGGCUUCCUUAGGGGGCGAGAUCAUUGUUCCUACCUUGGACGGGCAAAAGAUCAAGCUCAAGAUCAGACCCGGGGUGCAAAACGGCCGCAAGCUCGUGAUACCGGAAAGGGGUGUCCCCGUGAAUGGCAACUUGAACAACAGAGGCGAUCUCGAUGUCGUGUUGCAUGUCAAGACCCUCGUUCCGGAAACGCCGACCCAGACCGCGCUACUUGAAGCCUUGGCGGAUGCAUUUGACGACAAGAACGCCAAGCGAACCGAUGCCGACUGGCAGUUGGAGCUUGAGAACGACCUGGGCAAGGAGAAAGUGCUCGAUAUGGAUGAAAAGGAUCUUCACCCUUCCAAGUUGGCGAGAAUAAGCAAAGUCUUGGGCAAGUUCUUGAACUUUGACAAUGGAAAGAAAGAUGGUGAGUCUAAACAAUAA